AUGUGGAGCGAGUCGGCGGGCGGGACGGAGGAUGUCCCACUAUCCCCAAGGUCCAGAGGCAUCCGCAGGUACUUCUGCGACUUCUGCGGCAUCUGCCGGUCGAAGAAGUCCCUGAUAACCGCUCACAUCGUCGCCCAUCAUCAGGUGCCGUAGAAGCUCUAAUGGUUUCAUGUAUCAUCAAGCAAUAUCGGAGUCUUAUCUGACUCGUUUCGUAUUGUUUGAUUUUCACUGGCAGGAAGAGGCUGGCGGUAUGAAAUAUGACGUGGGGGGGGGAAAUGUGAACAAGCAUCCCGAGUACACGUGUAGAGAAUGCGGCGUGAGCUUCAGGAAGCCGGCUUAUCUGAGACAGCAUAUGCAGGGCCAUUCCCUUGAGGUCUUCUUCAGUCUUUUCUAAUUAUUCUCCGUUCACCGUCACUAGUAUUAAUCGUCUGUAACUUUCGAAUCUUGCCUUCUCAUGAUGUUUGAUAUUUGGCCAAUGAAAAGAUGUAAGAACUCACAUUGGCUCGUGUUUGGUAUAUAUUUUCCAUGUGGGGUAUGUCUCGCGUCUUCUGUGUCUGACUAAAUCAGUUUUGCAGGAAGAUUUUUUUCAUGAUGAAAAUUAUGAAAAAAUUGAUUUAUGGCGUGAAGCAUUGGAUCCCAUGUAAAGAACUCCAAAAUGCGAGAGGCAACAAAUCUGACCUUGAAUGGAUUAGUAGCAGGGUGGGGGACCUCCUGCGAAGAUCCAUCAAGUGAGCCUCAUUCACGUGUUACUUUGUAAGUCAAGGUUUGUGUACUGCCACCCUUGGUGGCUCUUAUUCACAUCAAUCGUUUUGAAGGUUUUUGAGUUUCAUUGAUCGAUGUCUAACAUUUAUUUCAAAUGUCUGAUUUCUUGGCAUGGAUACUCCAAUGAAGCCUUCUUUUCCUCUGGAAUCUAACUGUUAUAUUGGAUUUAAAGUCAAUUUUAUCUUAUGAGUGAUUUGUUUUUCUUACUCUAUGAAAGAUUAUUUAUUCUACUAAAUAAAUAGUUAAUUUUGUCAGUAUUUUUGUCAUAUAAAAUCUAAACUUGGGACUAACCUCAUUGGGCUCUAUUUGAAUGAUGCUCAUCAAACUGUUAGGAAUGGUUUGUGGUCACUGAAUUUAUUUUUUUAGAGAAAUGAAGAUAAUAGGUUGUUUCCACUUGAGGAAGGAUUGCUUUAUGGGCCAAGAAAUCUUGAUCUUGAAAGCCAGCCCUAUCUACAGAGUCCUCAUUAAUAUUUCAUCCUUGUUAAAGCAUUUUAUUCAACCGUCGUACCUUGUUUUGUCACCCUUUCGAUAUUCCAAAGCCUUUUUUGUCUGCAUACUCAGCGACAAGAACAUGUUAAGGUACCUAAAUAUUGAUUUUUGGUAGGAUUUAUCUCAUUUCAAUUCCAUGUCAAUAGAGUGCAAGUUUUGACAACGACAAUCUGGUAGAGAGGGUGUAAAUUUCAGAUAAGAUGUUCUUGAGCCUUCCAAAUGGAAGAAUCAGACGGAUGAAAUCAUUAUACUCAUACGUACCUUCAUUUGUGGGAGAAAAGGGCUCGCAUCGCCUGCAGAGAUAUCAUGCCUUUAAAUUGUUUCCAUGUAUAAUAUAUUUUUCGGAUGAAAUAAGGAAAAUGGAUAGCUUAUUACGUAUUCUGUGACUUUUACAGAGGCCAUUUGUUUGCCCUGUGGAUGAUUGCCACCAUAGCUACAGGAGAAAAGAUCACUUGACCCGGCAUUUGCUGCAACAUGAAGGGAAGAUUUUCGUGUGCUCAGUGGGUAGUUGUGGUCGGCGAUUUGCCUUACAGGGCAACAUGCGGAGGCAUGUGAAGGAAUUUCAUAAUGAAGAAGGCUCUUCGGAUGGUCAUAGUCAGCAGCAGCAUAUUUGUCCAGAGGAAGGAUGCGGAAAGGCUUUCAGAUAUCUAUCGAAGCUAAAGAAGCACAUGGAGUCUCAUGGUAAGGCUUUCAGAUAUUAUGAUCAGCUUCUUUAAACUCUAUUUUACCUGAAUCAAAAGUUUCUCAUCAUUACCUUGUAUCGGGCUGGUUGACUUCGCUCUCACACUUUCUUCAUUCACCAAAAUUUUAUGGCCUUGUUGACUUUGCUCUCACACUUUCUUCAUUCUAACUGUCUGCAGUCAAACUGGAUUAUGUUGAUGUCAUCUGCUGCGAGCCCGGCUGUAUGAAACACUUCACCAAUGCCGAUUGUCUGAAGGCGCAUGUCCGAACCUGCCAUCGGCACGUUCAGUGCCCCAUUUGCGGGACUCAACAACUGAGGAAAAACCUCAAGCGGCAUCUGCGCAUCCACGAAAGUCAACCUGCUGUGGAGAAGAUCAAGUGCCACUUUCCCGGUUGUCUCCACACCUUCAGCAGAGUAAGAUCAGUAGCGACGUCUUCCGAUUUUCCCCUGAAUCAUAGUCCCUGGAUGAAGCUUUGUUAUUUAUGUUGAAAUGGUUUGUUCUUGACAUUGUUCUUCGCAGAAGUCAAACCUCAAUAAGCAUAUACGGGCUGUUCAUCUCGAGCUCCGGCCGUUUAUGUGCCGAUUCGCCGGAUGCGGCCUGAGAUUCCCCUACAGGCAUGUCAGAGACAAUCACGAGAAGUCCGGAGCUCAUACCUACGUCGAGGUACUUAAAUAUUUAUACACAUUAUUGUUUCAAAAAAUGGAAUUAAAAAAUUAUAUCGGAUUUUUUUGGCCCAUUUUUCGUUUGGAAAUUAUGAUUUUUAUGAUUGAGGAGGAGUUUUUGCCCCCCUCAUUUCGGUUGCAGGGGGACUUCCUGGUCGCGGACGAGCAGUUCCGGUCGAGGCCGCGGGGCGGGAGGAAGAGGAAGGAGGUGGGGUCGGUGGAGUCGCUGCUGAGGAAGAGGAUCGCCGCCGCCCCCAACGAGAUCAGCCCCUUCCGGAACGUCACUUACCACCACCUUCACCGCCUUCUCAGUGGCGACGGCCCCGAUUAG